AUUUCGGUCGGAAUAUUCCUGUCGGAAUUCCGACCGAAAUUUCCGGAAUCUGGCACCCGAAGAACUAGCCAAUCAAUCAUGUUGCAACAGCCCUUCCUUUCCCUCGUGCCAAGACCCCGCCGGCUAAGUAGGAACAGACGGGUCGGUAGAAAAAAUGGCGGAGGUAGAGAUUUCUGUUGUGGGUGAAAAUUUACGCGCUAAGCUUGGAGAAGGGCCACACUGGGACACAAAAACGCAGAGGUUAUUUUGGGUCGAUUGCCUUGACAGCCGUGUUCAUGUUUUGGAUGUAGAAACAGGAAAGGAUGAAAGCUAUCAAUUAGAUGAUGUAGUUGGAUGUGUAAUACCAAGGAAGAAAGGUGGUUCUGUUAUUCUGGCAUGCAAGAGGAGUUUAAUCUUUUUAGAUCUCGAGACUGGACAGAAGGAAGUAGUGGUCACAGUUGAUGAAGACAAGCCAGAAAAUCAUUUGAAUGAUGGAAAGUGUGAUCCUCAAGGAAGACUGUGGGUCGGAUCAAUGGGCCAUGAACCUGAACCAGCAAAGCCCGCGCAAGAACAAGGAUCUCUGUUUUCACUCAGUGGUGACAGAAAGCUCACAAAGUGGGUAGACAAGAUUACAAUAUCGAAUGGUAUGACAUGGAGCUUGGACAGAAAGACAUUUUACUACAUUGACUCAUUUCUCAGAACAAUAUAUGCUUUUGAUUACGAUGAAGAAGCUGGUACAAUAUCAAAUAGAAGAACUGCAGUGAAGAAUGAUCCCUCACUUGGGUUUCCAGAUGGGAUGACAAUAGAUGCAGAAGGAAUGCUUUGGGUUGCUAUGUAUGAUGGAUGGAAAGUUGUUUGUUUCAAUCCAGUUACUGGUGACGUCAUUCGUGAAGUAGUUUUACCUGUUGCUAAGGUGACGUCUUGUUGCUGGGGUGGUCCAAACCUUGAUGAACUCUUUGUCACAUGUGAAAGUUUCCGAUUGUCUCCAGAAGAAAGGAAAGCACAGCCCUUGGCAGGCUCCAUUUUCAGAGUUAAAAACCUUGGCACACAUGGCUUUCCAGCUGUCCCAUUUGAUGGUUAAUAAGUAUAUCAAAAUUAAUGUCUUAGUGCUUUGAAAUCAUUUACAGAAAAGCAUAUUAAUUUUUUUCACUUUUAUGUUAUCUAGUGAGAGAGCUCUAACACUAGUACUUACAUGAUAAAACAUAAUUAUUUCCAAUAAUUUUUAAAAAUUGCCAUGACAUGGUUUUGUGCUAUUGCAGGAUACAGUUAAUGGUAUUACUGCUUAAUGCAUGAUUUUGAGGAAACAAUUAUCAAUUGAAAGUAAAUAACAUAUUAUUUUCCUUUUCAUUAUUUUACAUAAACUGGCCUGGUGUAAGUUAUUGCUAUUGAAAAUACCUAAUAUGUAUAAAAUUUGCAUCUUUGACUGUGUUUUAAAUAAUCUUAUUUUUUUCACUUUCGAUAUCCAGUUAUGUCUCUCGGGCUACAUGUUAGUUAUGCAAUACAGGUGAAAUUGAUUUACAUAAAAAACAGCCUCUUCUCUAUAGCUUCCCUCGUGUGCAUUGUUUAGGUUUGUGACCAGUGUUCUGAAUAAGGUGACCUUUGGUCCAAAUUAAGUUGUUUUUAAUAGCAAUAAUUCUAGUCAUAAUGUGUGAAGUGGAAUAAGUGAAUGAAUUUUAGAUUUAGGUUUACUAAAUCUAUUUCAUAUAUUGAUGUAUUUUUAGAUAUUUUAAAAAUUUCAUGGCACUUUGUGGGCUAGGGAAAUGCUGCACGUCUUUAAUGGUGUAGUGUUAUGAAGCACCACAAAUAACAUGCUCUCAGAAGAAUGUUUAGUCCAUCUAACAUCCUUACAAAAAUUACAAAGAAACUCAAAAAACAAAAAAAACUAAAAUGUGAUAAACAAAUAAGCUGCAAAGAACUGAUACUAUGAUCAAAGAAAUCUUUAUUUAGUGAGGUACUGUAGGUUGAUUGCAGGUACUGUUGUUAACUAUCUGGCCAAUUGUUGAAUCAAAGUACAUGAAAUACAAAUUAUGUAUAUGCAUUUCAAUUAAUUAAUAUAUUAAUAUAGUUAUAAAUUGAAAAUGAGUUUCCUUUCUUGAAAUAAUUCCUAAUCCUACCCUGAUGCCCCCUCCAAACAACAAACAAACAAAACCCGAACAAACUAUCAAACAAAGAAACAUUUAGAAACAAAUAAACCACGAAAAAAAAUCAGAACAAGCCAGAAAAAACCCAUUCCUAAAAAGGAAUGCAGCUCCAUCAAAACUUCAUACAAACCAAUCAAGAAAAACAUGGAGAAAGACAAAAACAGCACAAACAGUAAUUCUGGCUAAACAGUGAUCUGCAUAACGUCAAUUUCUAGUGCAUGAAACAUGUUAGUAGUGCCUAAUUAAACGUUCAUGUAACCUCUUACAAGCAAGGCAAAAGUAAAAGAAUUUAACCACUCACACACAAUGGCACAACACGAUAUCCAGUAACAAUGUAAGUAGUAGAAAAUUAUUAAAUAAUAGGUUUAUAACAUUAUUAGUGAAACCUCCAAUGUAAUAUGUUAUUCUAUUCUGCUAUAAAUGAUUAUAGAUGACUUUAGCAGAAUACAUGUACUCAUUGUUUGAAUUAUGCGAUUUACACCGUCCUAUCCAAUCAUUUAAAAGUAGAUGGUACAUUAUUAAUUUUAAUUAAUGACUAUUAUAUUUGUAUCCACUCCAUCAAUUAGCAACUACAGUGUAAUGUGAUGCUUCCCUAAUUUUAUUGUUUAGCGAAACAAAAGACCAACCCUUUCAGUAAUCCAGUUAAGAGAUAACACCCUCCAUUGCAUUUACUAUGCACCUAGUGUCUGCUAAUAAACCUUUUCUACACAUAAUAUUUAAUGUUCAUAAGGCAAUAAGACAAUAAACUAUAUCUGAAAAA